UCAGACGGAAGUUGUCCGGUUAGCGGUGGGUGUUUGUUGUUUAGCUAAAUUUCAAGCUGAUUUAGUCAGGUUUUUGGUUUAUUGCGCUGUUUAUUCCAUAUCUUAUGUUACUUAAAGUUUGUCGGAAUGGGGAAAGCGGAUUUUCUCACUCCAAAGGCCAUAAGCAACAGGAUAAAAGCCAAAGGUCUCCAGAAGCUUCGCUGGUACUGUCAGAUGUGUCAGAAACAGUGUCGAGACGAGAAUGGCUUUAAGUGUCACUGCAUGUCCGAGUCUCACCAGAGACAGCUGCUACUGGCCUCGGAGAAUCCCACAAAGUUCAUGGACUAUUUCUCAAAUGAGUUCAAAAGUGACUUUCUGGAGCUGCUCAGAAGACGUUUUGGGACCAAACGAGUUCACAACAACAUCGUGUACAAUGAGUACAUCAGUCACAGAGAGCAUGUCCACAUGAACUCCACGCAGUGGGAAACACUCACUGACUUCACCAAGUGGCUCGGCAGAGAAGGUUUGUGUAAAGUUGACGAGACGCCUAAAGGCUGGUACGUCCAGUACAUCGACCGCGACCCCGAGACCAUCCGGCGCCAAGAGGAGCAAGCCAGGAAGAAGAAGCAGGACCUGGACGACGAGGAGAGGAGCGCCAAGUUCAUUGAAGAGCAGGUCCGUCGAGGCCAAGAUGGCAAAGAAUCAGAUGAAACUCCAGUUUACACAGAGCUCAAGCGUGAGAGCGAAGAAGAAAAAGUUGUGUUCAACCUGGGUGCCUGUUCCUCUGGGGCGGGUCCUUCCAAGUCAAGUGCUGUUCUUGGUGCUAGUGCUCUGAAAGCAUCAGCCUCCUCAAUCAAGAGAAAAGAUGUGUCCUCUGGUUCAGACUCGAAGGAGAAGAGGAAGAAGAAAUCUGCCCUGGAGGAGAUUAUGGAGCUGGAGGUGAAGAAGCAGCAGUCGUUCAAAACAGACUACUGGUUGCAGCCCAACAUUGUAGUCAAAGUCAUCACCAAGAGGCUGGGAGAGAAGUACCACAAGAAGAAGGCUGUCGUCAUGGAGGUCCGAGACAAAUACAGCGCGGUGGUGAAGAUGAUCGACUCCGGAGACAAACUGAAGCUGGACCAGAAUCACCUGGAGACGGUCAUUCCUGCACCAGGUAAACGGGUUUUGAUCCUGAACGGGCCGUACAGAGACACAGAGGCCCUGUUGGAGGGUAUAGAUGAAAAAAACUUUUGUGCUACACUCACACUCGACUCUGGUCACCAGAGGGGGAAGCGCGUGGACACUGCGUACGAGGACUUCUCUAAAAUGGCAUGAACGUCAGAGACUUUGUCAUGUGACUUGCACAGAUCCUUCCCUACCUGUACAUACAUAUCCCAGGAUGCAUUGUGAGU